AUGGCCUGGGAGCAUCUGUCGAUCGAUAAGCCGCAUGUGGCCUACAUCAUCCUCGGAGGCUUCACCUCCCUGUUCAUGCUGUGCUCGCUGUUUGUCAAGGAGAAGCUCUACAUUGGCGAAGCAACGGUCGCCACGCUCUGUGGGAUCAUCUUCGGUCCCCAUGCCGCCAACCUCUUCGAUCCCGCGUCCUGGGGCAAUGUCGACAAGAUCACCCUCGAGUGCUCCCGCAUCGUCCUGGUCGUCCAAUGUUUCGCCGUCGGAGUCGAGUUGCCCAAGGCCUACAUGGAGCGCCACUGGCGCUCCGUCGUCCUGCUGCUGCUCCCCGUCAUGACCUGGGGCUGGUUCGCGACCAGUCUCUUCAUCUGGUGGAUGAUACCGCCGCUCAACUGGUUGGAGAGCCUGGCCUGCGCCGCCUGCGUGACGGCCACCGAUCCCGUGUUGGCUUCGUCAGUCGUGGGAAAAGGGAAAUUCGCCAAACGAGUGCCCAAGCAUCUACGCGAUCUGCUGUCUGCCGAAUCGGGCUGCAACGAUGGCAUGGCCUUUCCGUUCAUCUACCUAUCCGUCUACCUCAUCAAGUUCCACCGGAACGCCGGCGAAGUCACGAUGCACUGGAUCUGCGUGACCAUCCUCUACGAAUGUAUCUUCGGUGCUGUCUACGGCUUCAUUAUCGGUUACAUCGCGCGACAUGCCAUCAAGUUCGCAGAGCGCAACAACCUCAUCGACCGGGAGAGUUUCCUGGUGUUCUACUUCGUGCUGGCGCUCUUCUGUGCAGGUACCGGCAGUCUGCUGGGCAUGGACGAUCUCCUGAUCGGUUUCGCCGCCGGCGUCGGCUUCAGUAACGACGGCUGGUUCACCGCGAAGACCGAGGAGGCACACGUCUCCAACGUUAUUGAUCUACUGCUCAACUUGGCCUACUUUGUUUACUUUGGUUCCAUUGUGCCGUGGGAGUACUACAACGCCCCCGAACUCGGCGUGGUCCCAUGGAGGCUGGUCGUCAUUGCCAUCUUCGUCAUUCUGUUCCGUCGGAUCCCCGCCAUGCUGAUGCUCAAACCGCUCAUCCCAGAUAUAAAGACCUGGCGCGAGGCCUUAUUCGCGGGCCAUUUCGGUCCCAUCGGUGUCGGUGCCGUCUUCGCCGCCAUUCUGGCCCGUUCAGAGCUGGAGGGCGCGGAGGGCGAGCCGCUGCCCCAGAAGGAUCUGCCUCAUCCCGGCGCGUCGAACUACUAUGUCGUGCAGCUGAUUUGGCCUAUUACCAGCUUCCUGAUCAUCUCGUCCAUCCUGGUGCAUGGUUCGUCCAUCGCCGUUUUCACCCUGGGAAAGCGCAUCAACACCUUGACCAUCACCAUGUCCUACACCACCGCCAACGAUGAGGGGCCAUCUUGGAUGAACCGCCUGCCCCGCGUCCAGUCGAUGAGCAAAAGCUCCAUGUCACUGCGGAAGGCGGACUCGACUGAAGUGUCCGGGGAUGAGAAGGAGCCCGAAUAUCCUCCUGGCACCCUGCCGCCUAUCGGUUUCCCUGGUAACUUCCUCCGCCGUGUUCGCGAGGAAGACCAAGACUCAGAGGCUCGUAUGGCCAAUCUGCGGCCAUUGAGACGGAGAAAGCGCAGAAAACGCACGACUGCCGGCGGCCCUAUCAGUGACACUGCAAUUGCGCCUCGGAGACGACCGGAGAACGACGAUACCGAGACUGAGGAGCAGCCGGAGGGAGAGAAUGGACGCGAAUCAGAAGAAGAGGAAGAAGAUGGAGUCCGUCGGCAGGAGAAGGAGGAACGUGAUAAUAUCGAGCGGGAAAGCUCUCCUCCCGGAAGGGAACGGGACAGGUUCGGACGGGAACCGGAGAUGGAGGUCUACCAGGAAGGCUCCAAGAUGCUGCUCGAGGACGAGGAAGGAAAUGUUCUGAGGACAGAGGAUGUUAGCCAUGAAUCCCCUCAGCAGCAGCGGCAGGCCAUCCUAGAGGAACAUAAGAAGCUCCAGCAAGACAAGUCUGGUGAGUAUUCCAAGGCCAGAGGUCAGCCGCAUGAAAAGACAGAAGGCGAAGAAAUCGAGGAGAAGGUGGCCGAAGAGACUGGCCACCCAUAUGAGAAAAUCAAGAAGCGCCUCCUCCCUUGGGUUGGCCGCGACAAGGGGGAGAAGAAGAAGAAGGAGGAGGAGGAGGAGGAGAAGAAGAAGAAGGAGAAGGAUGAGGAUGUCGCGCGCAAGACCAAACGCAAAGAAGAAAAGGCACCGGCGGGUCGCCGCUCCGGUCAUGCCUAUCAAUUUGGUAACACUAUCAUCGUUGAAGAUGAGGAUGGAGAAGUUAUCAGGAAGUACACAAUUCCAGCCGGCGACAAGAGGAAAAAGAAGGAGGAACAAACACCGGCUGGUACUGCCGAGGGCCCUGUGAAACGGGGCCUGACCCGGAUGGGAACGUGGCUCGCCGAAAAGGAGGGUGGCGAGUCUUCGAAAGACGCGCAAAGGAAGGCCAAGAAGCAAGAGGAAGAAGAUGACACCCGACUCCGCUUCACGCUGGCCAACGAUGAUCAGGUUGAGGAGAAAGGUAUCGACCACAAGGGCCGUCGCAUGACCAAGGAGGACUUCAUCAAGCAGAUCCAGAGACUGGACCCGAAGGCUCGUCACGAGAUCGUCCAGGAUAGCGAUGCGCCCGACCAUGUCAAGAAGGCAGCCCGCAGGGAUGCGCAUGUGGAUAUGCGAAAGCGCCGCGACAGUGAAAGUCGGAGUCCUGAAAAGCAACCAGCCCGUGGCCCUAUGAAAGAGGAAGCAACACAGAUCCCCGAAGAUUACGAGAGCGGCGAUGAGUCUGGCGAGAGCGUGCUCACUGACGAAGAAUCGGAUGAACCGAGCCCCCCAGCAACCGACGUGAUGGCCUCGUUAGCCAAAUACUCGCGCGGUUCAGCCGCGCACGCCCGCCGACGUGUCUUCACUGGUGAUGAGUCUUCUUCCUCUUCUCCAUCUAUCUCCGGACGUCGACGACGCGAUUCCGAAGACGAUGGAACCGCGCGUGUCCCGCCGGCUCAGCGACGACUGGCUGCUGGCUUACCUCCAGCGGCUGCUCCUCGUCCAGAGGACGUCGAAGACAACGGGGAGACUCCCGCAGAGCGCAAGCGUCGUCUUGCUGCGUUGGGUGAGAUCCACGAUCCUGCGGACGAUGUUGAGGAGGAAAUCGACAGCGAAGACAACGGCGGCUUCCGCAAGGUCAAGGGCAAGGUCCAGUUUGCCGAUGGUACUCGGCCUUCUCGCCGAAAGGAGGGCGCUGGCACGGCGGACUUGAGAAUCAGUUCUAGCCCUAAUAGUAGCAGCAACGGUAAUGGUGAUAGCAGCAAUGGCUCGCCAUCGUCACCUCGGCCCAGUCAUCAACGACACCGUCCACGUGUGUCGUGGGGAGGUGAAAUGGGUCGAGAAUAA